AAUUAUUUCUAUCUGCGCUCUUUCUCUCUCUCUUUCUUUCUUAUCAGCGACCGCAAUUGACAUUGAGAGUCAGCUGUGGAAUUGACCUAUUUACUUUCCACUCUAGCUUUUGGUUUGGGUGUAGCUUUGGUCCGCGACUCUUGACAUACAUAGGACAUCAUUCCGCACGCGAUCAUCCGAUCGUUUUGUCUGUCGCACAUCUUCUUUUCCACCACAGGCGCACGAAAUAAAGAAAGAAAGAAAAAAGCCGAGGAAAAAGAGAUGAGAUAGGGACUGGGUUAUGCAAUUGCAAUUACAGUGCCAAUGCCGUCGUCCACUUGCCAUCUGCCAAAUGGGCAGACGUUCAGCGUCACGCCCGUCUUUGGCGGGGUUACUUUCAAGUCGAAUGAUAUGAACCUUCACCACUCCGUCUUCCCGCCCGGUUGGACCAUUGUGAUUCAGACGGAGAAGCCGAUUGAGGAUGGCUCUGAGGACGGAAAUCACAAUGAUCUUGUCACGGAGGGAGAUGCGUCCAGUACUGCUGCUUCGACGACGCAGGAUACGACCCCGCAGGGGAGCAGCAGCUCUGCAGAGCGCCCGGUCAAGACGUAUCGCUUCUCGAAACCGACGCUGCGAAAUGAUUAUCUGUUUCUUUCGUCGAUUACGAAUCCGUCAAGUAACGAUUUUAAGCCCGCGACGUCCCCGACGAGGCAGAUUGCCAUGAUGCUGUGGGCUUCGUUGUGGUGGUACUUUCAUGAGCCGGAGCCGGACUUGCACCUCACGACGGAGGCUUCUGCGAAGACGCCAGAGCUGGGGAAGCCCAAGGGAGAUUGGAGGAUUAAUAUCAGACGGGAGGGGAUCUUUCGAGGCCGGAAUCUGCUGCAGAAGCUCGAGCGCAUGGGCAUGAUCGCAAGUGAGGACUCGUCCGUGGGAUUGGAUGCCUCUGGCACGCAGAACUCCCCCGGUUGGGAUAAUAUGUUCAUCAGUCGACGCACCUUUUGGCAGCUCGAUCCGCGUAUCUUCCUAUUCACCUUGUCGCCGGCGGGGAGUAAUGUGCCAGCAUCACCAUCUCUUCCUCCUCACCACUCUUCCAGACCGUCGUCGCCCUGCCUGGCGUCUGAUACGGUUCCUCCCUCGCCCACUGAAGGCCCAAUCAACAACCCCCCAGGCCCAUUUACAUCGGGGAGCCAUCUCCCAACUUACUUCCCUCCCCAGGUCACACAGUACACCUUCACCAAUGGGGUCCGGCACCCCAUACGGCCCAAGCCGCCUCGACAAGGCGAGGUGUUUUAUACUCGAUACAUCCCCAGCGUUGAUCAGUACCUCUCAUUCCGUGUACCCAAACUCCCCGCUCCCAAAGCUACCGGCCACCACCAUGCCUCCUCCAACUCGUCUACUCUCUCCGCCGCGAGUGCGCAGUCCCACGCCUCCAGCGUCCCAUCCGAUCUAGACCUCCUCCACCAAUGGAUGAACGAACCCCGGGUAAAUGCCGCCUGGGGCAUGGCCGGCCCGCAUUCCGUCCAGGAGGAAUUCCUUCGAGAAGGCCUGACCAGCCGACACAGCUUCCCCGUCUUUGGUUGCUGGGACGGGAAGCCUUUCGGCUACUUUGAGAUCUACUGGGUGAAGGAGGAUCGAUUCGGCAGUCUCCUCGGCGGAAACGUCGACAACUACGAUCGCGGACUGCACGUCCUGGUCGGCGAGCAGGAAUACCGCGGCGCACAUCGCGUAGCCAUCUGGUUAAGUGCCCUAGUCCAUUAUUGCUGGUUGGCAGAUAUGCGCACUCAAACAGUCAUGUUGGAGCCAAGAGUUGAUAAUAUAAACUUCAUCAACCACCUCCACCGAUCCGGCUUCUACAAAGAAGGCGAAGUCAGCUUCCCGCAUAAACAGUCCGCCGUGAUGAAAAUCAAGCGUGAUUCAUGGGAAGCUCCUGCUCUAUGAUUGAUCCAUGAGAUAUAUGAAAUUUAAUGAAAAAAAAAGAAAAUCAUUUUUUCUCCUCAGUAUCUGUCUAGUUAUCCAAACUGCAUUAUACCGCAUCGCAAGCAAUUGCAUUCAUUAUAUUACCUUCAGUCAGUCAGGUGAAAUAGCCGGUUUUUAUUU